AAAAGUCCUUUUGAGAAAUUUAUGCAAAGGAAAGCGGAAGAAGCAAUUUCAUUAGAGAAAGUUCUUGAAAGUUGUUGUGUUGUUACAAGUAUUUUGUUAAAACUUCUUUCGUAAAGACGUUGUUUAUUGUUCACCAUGAAGUGGGAAUACAAAGAGGAACAUGCGUUCGAAAAGCGUCGCGCAGAGGGCGAGAAAAUCCGCACGAAGUAUCCUGACAGAGUCCCGGUCAUCGUGGAAAAAGCACCCAAGGCAAAGAUUGGAAACUUAGAUAAGAAGAAAUACCUUGUGCCAUCAGAUCUUACAGUUGGUCAAUUCUACUUUCUCAUUCGAAAACGUAUCCACUUGCGUCCUGAAGAUGCUCUGUUCUUCUUUGUAAAUAAUGUUAUACCACCAACUAGUGCCACCAUGGGUCAGUUAUACCAAGAGCAUCAUGAAGAAGACUUUUUCCUUUAUAUUGCUUACAGUGACGAGAGUGUAUAUGGAUAUGCAUGAAUGAAGAACUGAAAAUAAUCAAUCUCUUGUAUAUGUACAGUAAUGCAAACCAGUGUAGGUUUUUUCAUUGAAUUAUUUCAAAUUCACAUAAUAAUUAUUCAUGAAAGAUACAUUUCUAAAUACUCUUUAGUCCUUUAUAUUCCUUUGCUGGCACAUUCAAUGUACAUUCCAUAAUAAUAAAACAUUUUAUUAUAA